GUUCUCCACCCACCUCCUGCCUCCUCCCUCAUGUGUGUCCAUCGACGGGUGUCGCAGAGUCUGUCUGCUGGAGCUGUCGGGCUUUGAGGGGUUAUGUGGCACCCAGGCGAGCCCCCAACCGGUAAUAGUGCCCCCGAAGAUGCCAGCUACAGGCACUAUUCCUCGGGUUCCAUGAAUUUGCCUCAGCCUCAGAUGAACUCCAUAGCGCGACACCCCUCCGUCAUCAGCACUUCAAUCAACCCCUCCCGACCCCUCCACUCCCCAAUGAGCACAAUGGGCUCCCCCAUGAACGGCCUGUCCUCUCCCUACUCCGUCAUCUCCUCCUCUCUGGGGUCCCCCCCCAUCUCCAUGUCCUCCACGCCAGGAAUCAACUUUGGAGCGCUCAACAGUCCGCAGAUGAAUUCCAUGAACAAUGUGAGCAGCACAGAGGACAUCAAGCCUCCCCCUGGGCUCACGGGCCUCUGCAACAUGAGCAACUACCAGUGCACCAGCCCUGGGUCCAUGUCCAAACACCUCUGCGCUAUCUGUGGGGACCGUUCCUCAGGGAAGCACUAUGGCGUGUACAGCUGUGAGGGCUGUAAGGGGUUCUUCAAGCGGACCAUCAGGAAAGACCUCACCUACACGUGUAGGGACAGCAAGGAGUGCCUGAUCGACAAACGGCAACGCAACCGCUGCCAGUACUGCCGCUACCAGAAGUGUCUGGCCAUGGGCAUGAAGAGAGAAGCUGUGCAGGAGGAGAGGCAGAGAGGGAAGGAGAGGGGUGAGAACGAGGUGGAGUCCACCAGCAGCUUCAAUGAGGAAAUGCCGGUGGAUAAGAUCCUGGACGCUGAGCUGGCCGUGGAGCCAAAGACUGAGACCUAUGUCGACGAGGCACCCAGCAACUCGACUAAUGACCCCGUCACUAAUAUUUGCCAAGCAGCAGACAAGCAGCUUUUCACCUUGGUGGAAUGGGCAAAGAGGAUCCCACAUUUCUCUGAACUCCCACUGGAUGAUCAGGUCAUUCUCCUACGGGCAGGCUGGAACGAGCUGCUCAUAGCCUCGUUCUCGCACCGCUCGGUCACGGUGAAAGAUGGGAUCCUCCUGGCCACCGGCCUGCACGUCCAUCGAAGCAGCGCCCACAGCGCAGGGGUGGGCUCCAUCUUCGACAGAGUCCUCACAGAGCUGGUGUCCAAGAUGAAAGACAUGCAGAUGGAUAAGACGGAACUGGGCUGUCUCCGGGCGAUCGUCCUCUUCAACCCAGAUGCAAAGGGUCUAUCGAACCCACCUGAGGUGGAGGGCUUGAGGGAAAAGGUUUAUGCAUCCUUAGAGUCUUACACGAAGCAGAAAUAUCCUGAUCAACCAGGCAGAUUUGCCAAACUCUUGCUCCGCCUGCCGGCCCUCCGCUCCAUCGGGUUGAAGUGUCUGGAACACCUCUUCUUCUUCAAGCUGAUUGGAGACACUCCCAUCGAUACCUUCCUGAUGGAAAUGCUUGAGGCUCCGCACCAGAUCACAUGACACAAACUCGCGCUCUUUGUAAAUAAUCCCAACCCCAUGUAAUUGAUAUAAAGAUAAAAAAUUACGUUGUAAACUACAUAUUUUGUACCAAGCACAAUUAUUAAUGUGAAAAUUUGUAUGGGA